AUGCCGUUCGUGAUGCGGAAGAUAGAGCCGCGGCACGUGUGCCGCGGCCACGUGCCGGCGGGCUCGCAUCCGGGCUGGCCGGUGGGCGCCGAGCUCGAGGCGGUGGCGAACGGCGCCCUCACGAGCUCCCUCAAGCAAUUGGCCUCCCUCCUGACCGUCGCGGAGGAUAUCUUCGCGGGCCUCACCGCCGAGCUAGCCCAGGUCGCCGAAAGAAGCGGACACCUACGUCGCAAGCUCGACAAGGUCGAGGAACGGCUCGGCACCGUCGAUCCUAAGAAGAUACCAGUCCCGGAAUCGGAUAUCUGUACUUUCGCGGCGAGGACGGAGCAUUUUCACGUCACGAAUAAACCAUCGACGGGACUGUUCACGGCGGACACGAGGCCGAAGGCCCUGAAGGAGUUGUACGAGCUCGCUGCCAUAGUCGCCGUACGAAGUUUGGAUUCCUUAAGGAGGGAUGGCAGCUCGAUGGAUAUGUUCCUUUGCACGCCGGUUCUUGGUAAACGGAGACGGGACCACAGCCUCGACAUCGAGUCUCGAGUCCCGGCUGCUAUCGAGGAUCUUCGAAGGUGGACGUCUACCGAAGCUCUCGGCGACGUUACCGUACCGCCGGACUGCGCGUCCAGGAUCUUGGGCGACACGACUGGCGACGAUGCCGUCGAUCACAAGCUACCUAGCCCCGAGGAACAGGUUCAGGCUAUCGCGCUCAAAUUCCCGGCGGAAAUCGUAGCGGUGGAUGUGAGCGGUCGGGGUUUCGAAAGAAUGUCGAUGAGGAGGAGGUCCUUGCUGUCAGGGCCAGAAACUCAGGAAACGGUGAAGAGGAGAUCACGGCCACGCAGGCCGAGAGGAAAGAGACGAAAUACGAUCGCUGGUACCGAUCAGAAGGAGAUUCGACAAGCUAUCGGAGGGGAGACGACUGGCGACGAGCCCGAGGAGACGUUGCCAAGCGCCACUCCGAGAGCCCAUCGCUCAGCGAGCACGGACGUCUUGGGCUCCGUGAAAAAGGAUUCACCCACGGAAAAGAAGUCGCACUUCAACACGCUGAAGGCGUGGGGCAUGUCCAGACUGAAGCUGAUCAGUCCGAAAUCGAAUCAGCAGCAGCAGCAGCAACAACAGCAGCAGCAGGAAACGACGGUAGUCAGCGCGGAGAGGAACGAGCAGACACAAGGUCAGACGAGAUCGCCGGAGGAGAUCAAUAUUUACGAAACGGUGACUACGAGACGCAGGAGGGACAAGUCGCACGAGAGGAAGCCGAGCUCGUCCAGCUCGAGCGGCAAGAGCACCGCCAGCAUACCGGUGUCGGUACCGAGCACGGACAACAAACAGCCGAGCGUGAAAUUACGCGAGAGCGCCGCCCAGAGGCGAGAACGACGGAAGGGCAGCAACCGCGACGACGCGCCGCACUCGAGCUCCGGAAACUGGAGCGCCUCGUCCGAGAGCGGAAGAGCCAGCAUCGGCAGCGAAACCACCACCACCACGCAUCAGCCCAGAUCCACGACGACGGCUUCGAUCGGCACGUCUUCAACUUCCCUAAGUCAUAUGAGGCGAUUAAAGGGAAGGGAUACUUCAGCCUCGUCGUCGGUAACUUCCGAAGGUACUCUAACGCCGGAUAUCAUACAAGAUAUCACGGUGGUGCCCUUUUCCGACGAUGGUGAAACAUCGUCCGUGUACUCCUGCGACACGGAGGGAUAUUACACUUCGUUUCAUAUGGAUUCGGGCUUGAAAACACUUAGAGAGGAGGAACCCAUGCCACAGAGCCCUUUGACCAAGACUAACGACAUCGGCUCCGACCCCACUUCACCGAUCGUCGAGAACGAAUACGAACUGUUUGGCAGAGGAUCAACUUCCACAACGACCAGCUCGGCCGGAACGGUUUGCACCGCGCUGAUGGCACCACCGCCUCCCGAGCGCAAGUCCAGCCUCACGGUUGUUGCUAUGGUUCACGGACAAAAUCAAAACGGCGGCGAGUCACCCGAUAGCGGUCACAACACAUCCUCAUCUCCCGUCGAAUCUGCCUCGAGUCCAGCCUGCACCGGUCGUUCCUGUUCCGAGUUCGAGUACUCAGAGUCAAGCGAUCUAGAGGGCUGCGAGCGAAUCGAGAGAAUCCGUUCGAAGACGGCAAUCACAACAAGUCGGAUUCCAUCGAUGUGCGUGAUCACGCCACCCGUGUCCGACGACGAGCACGCGAGGGAGUCGGAGCAGAGCGAGAAGAAGACAAACGAACCGAGGAGGACUGAACUUCAGGGCGGCGGUUCGGUGCUGAUGUCCGCCACCGUCGGCACUUCCAAGAUGGAGGUGAUCAACGGCCAGGACAAGAAUCUGUAUGCAACCGUGCAGGUGUUGCCGGUGGCCGUCAAUAUCGACAGACCGACCACGACGAGCUCGUCGUCGUCGAUCAAAAUCAGUCCGCUGAGUGGAGUUCUGGGCAAGCUUCGCGGCGUGCUUCCGGGCAAGAAGCACGCCACGAAGCACAGCGCCGUGCAGGAGCUGUCGAAUGCAGACUCCGGCGACUAUGUGACCAUAGCCGACGUGAGGAACAACAACGACAAACGUCCCGCGGGCCCGCUCUCGUCAUCGUCAUCGUCGUCGUCGUCGUCAUCAGGCAUGACCGCCGUCCGACCGACUACCACCUACGCCAAUUCCGACAUCUUCAAGAAGGACGCGGAAUACGUGAGUCUGAGCGAGCUGCCGAAGAAACCGGAUUCGUCGUUGGAGAGGAAGAGACAGGGCGCUCGAGUCACUUUAGAUUCCGAGGGCAAAGUCGUCUACUCGUCCGAUAGCCUGAAGAGAAGGAAGGGAGCGCACACGACGUUUAAUCCGGGUCCUUUCGUGAGAGAGGGUGUAUCACCAAGCCCAUCGCCGUUGUUUCAUCGCGCGAUGCCGAACGUUCGUGCCGUCACGAAAAGCGCCGAUACCGUGGAUCACGCCGCGAACAUUAGGAUCACACCACCGACGUCACCUCAGCUGGGCAAGCUAAUCAUUCGGGCGGCACGGAGCCCCGAUCGCGCGACCAGUCCGGAUUACGUGCGCACCCCGGCGACCGUGGUCGGUCCCACGAGCCCGACCAGUCCCCACAGACAAGUCCGCGGGGCUUACGUCAACGUGCAAGGCGACGAAGACAAUACUUUACUGACCAUACCUCCGGAAUCGAUACCGCCUCAGGCGAUCGUUCAACCGCCGCCCUACAUCGCCCCACCAAAGCCCGACGAUCGACAAAAGUCGUAUAAGUACCAAGAGAUCCUUAAGGACACGCAGCCACCGAAUCUGCGAGCGUAUCCUGAAAAUGAGAAACAACCGCUCGCGCAGGACAUCUUAUAUGAUUCUCGUCGAAACAUCCAACAAUAUGACAACAUUCUCGAUCAGCAAAGGAUGACGAACUAUGAAUACCAGCAACGAGUUUGCAAUUAUCAAACGGUGCACAUGCACAACGCGAGGAAUCAGCAGCUCUGUUCACCAGCCAGAGAUAUCAAUCAACAGCAGUUCUACACGCUGCCGACGAGAAGGCCUCAACGAGAGACCGAACCACCUCGUAGUGUCACGCCGGACAUCACCAGGGGUCUCGGUCGCGGUUCUCUCAGCAGCAUGCACAUGCUGGCGAAACAGGGUCAACAGAGGGUCACGGUCGUGGAGAACGAUCAAGCUCGACACAUUUUCCACAUGGACGCGGGGAGAAGAAAUUCGGAGCAAGAAGAGACGAGAGGCAGAUGCAUGCAAAGUCAACCUCAGUCAGUCGUGGAUGUUAGAAAUAGGUUCGCAACGCCUCUAAACCAAGCUGCACUUGGCUAUCGAUUCUUCGCAUCUUCACCCGCCAACGACGCUCUUACGAAAUCUCCUAACGCGGACGUUCUGAGGAAUAAUCCAAUUUCGCCGAUCGGCCACGGUGGCUACGGUAACGGCUUCAAAUCGUCCACUCCCACCAGCCACCACGGACGAUCGGUGCCAACCGUGGCGGAACGUCUAGCUCUGACCACCGCCGCUGGCAAUAAUUGCCCGUCGCCGGUACCAACGAGCAGUUCCUCGGGUAGGAGCACUCCCGUCCAGACCUCUUCCGGCAGGACGACGCCGACCAAUUUGGUCCUGUCGCCCACCAAGAGCACUAUGUCUAACGAGGAGCUAUUCGCCGCGAUUCACAAGUCCAAGAAGAAGCUCAACAUCAAACUCAACGAUAACGAAAACCUAUCGCCAUACGGAUCAAUGGACUCUCUGGUGAAAACAACGGCCGGCACCAGGCAUAGUUGGAGCCCGGAAUCUCAAAAAACUUCUUCAGAGGUAAUUACGGUGCAAUCGCCUACGUCGCGAAUGGAUUUCAAACGGUUGCUCCUUCAACAGAGUGUAAAGUCCAAUCCCAUGCGGUUAUCGGCGGCGGAACAGCUAAAAUUAUCGCGUCAACAGUGUCAACAGCAGCAACAGCAAUUGUCGCCGAACGCUCACCAGAGUCCCUUGGCGAAAGUCCUGAGUCCGCGCUCGGUCUGGAGAUUCCAGACCCCGAGGACCGACGUCCUUUCGUCCACGAUAAUCGAGGACACCGCGGCGGAGGAGAAGGCAAUGAAGCCCUCGCCGGAGAACACGUCUCCCAUUUCAAGACUGAAUUCUAGACGGCAGCUGGAUCUUUGCAUCGAUCUACCGAGUCAUCUGCGUGUCGCCGAUUACAAGGACAACGCGGCGAACAACGACAGACUAACGGCGAACAAGACGUCUGCGAGUGAAUUCAAGCUCGAUCCCGCAAUCAAAUCGUUAAAUCAAAACAACCACAUUCGAGAAUCAAUCACGUCUGACGAUCCCACACGAACCGCAUCUCCUGCGAAAAUCACGAUAGCCGGCCAGGAUAUUUCGGCCGUGUUACCUCGAGACGAUAUCGCCAGCACGGCGAUACGAUAUCCGAAGGACAUGCUUCUCGAAUCUAAGAGUCAAGACGCCGUGAGUGCUCUCGAGUCGAGGAGGAUCAGCAAUCAACUGGCGAGAGCGCAGUUCCUGGCCGGCCCACCCGCGAGCGCCAAUCCGUCGCAGAAUCUCUACUUCAGCAAGAGAUUCAGAGCGCGAUCGGAAUCCCCGCGGCACGCGGUGACGCAAAAUGUUGCACCGCGCAGCCCGAGUGCUCCUACUCUCGAAACCGCUCUGUGAUCCGCGAACAUGUCGAUAAUGAAGACAAUGGCCUUGCACAAGUCUUUAGCUCUUCAUUAUUGUGACAUACGACAUGUAUAUUUGCACUUUAGCAAAUUGAAACACCUAAUAAUUAAUAAGUCAAAGUUUGAUAUACCGAAUCAUUAAAUUGUAAGUAAAGUAUUUAUCUACAAGAGUUUGCUAUAAAUUAACCGAUUUUGAACACAUGAACCACAAUGUCUAUAAAAAUCAAGCAGUGCUCUAAUUGUGAUAGAAUUCCAUUUUUAAAUUUUUGUAUAAAGUUUUUCUCGAAGGAAACUGACGUAUUUAAAAUUUUUCUAUGACGAUAUCUUAUCUACUUUAAUGAAGAGUUAAUAGCAAGGGCAUCUGAAUCUAUAUUUGGGAAUUCCGACGUAUUUAUUAAUCAUGACCCGUUUGUAAAUCGAAUUUUUUGUCCUAAUUAACUUGCAUCUGCUAAGAGACACUAAUUUUUAGAGACGCGAGAUGGUAAUAACGCGGAAAUUAGUAUUACCCAGUAUUGCAAGGCUUCUUGCAUAAAGUAGAAAAAAAAACAUUUAACAUACGAAAACGCCGUAACUAUUACGUCACACUCCACUAAUCGAAUGUACAAUUGAUUUUACGACACGUAACGUUACGUUACGCAAUUCAAAUCACUCCGCUAAAUCUCAUAGACGUAAUUCAAUCGAAUAAUAAGCAAUAAAUAGGAUAUUCUCGACGCUAAUCUUCUCAAUCGAGUGCCUAUUUGAUAUAAUCAUUUUAUAAAGAAGCAUUUUGCGUGUGUAUAACACUGUAAAUUUAGUCUCGAAUUAAGACGCAAUGUCGUAGAUUAUCAAUGUAUCGAUGUAUUCGA